CUGGUGGGAGUUCAAACCCGUCAUUCCCGAUGAGCUUAUUUCACGUACCGGUAGAGGUGCAAGCCACCAUGACAGCUUGGACGAGUCCGAGAACUGCUCUUUUCGCAAAGAGUUCUACUGUAAUUCUUUUCGUCGUACCAUACCAUACUCGUCUUCCGUUCCUCCCAGGAUCGGGCAACAGGCAAUCAUUCCGUAUGAUAGAAUUGAUAUUAACAAUAACAUAGUCGAUAGGAACGCAGUUUCUAAGAUGAGGUUGUCCGCUGACAAUAACAUGACAACAUCGACUACUGAUGCUAGUCACGCUAGAAGAACAUACGAUUCUUCAUCGCUAACAAGCAAGAAGGUCAUGAUUGACGUUGCCUCAUGGUGGUGCUAUGUCAUUCUGAACGGGGAAAACCUCCAUUUGUACGACGAGUUCGAAAAUAUUCUAGAGUUGUCUGGGCCUAUUCCCUUGAAUUCAACGCUCCACGUCCGGCUUCGCUGCAUCGCCAUUUGGCAAGAUCUCCUCAAAGAGCUGAAUGCGCCCGGGAACGGCAGCGGGAAGCACCGGUUCGAAUCAAUUCAGGACAAGCUGAUUUUGUUGCACAAGGAUUCUUUUCCCAAGACACGGGCCAAGAAAGAAUACAACGAAGUUUUAAGGAUGCUGCAGACCCAUAAUGUCUUAUCGAAGAUGUACGAAUAUUUCAAGACGGUCAACAACCACGAGAAGACAAACAAGAGUGGAAUAUGGCACGAAACGAACAAAAACAACAACGAGGUGCUAGACCAAUGCAACGCCGAUUUCAAGAAUUUAUAUCUCAGACUCGAUGAUGGAAUGCCUACGUCGCUGCUGGAUCUAGUAGACAAAAAGAACGGGUGGGAUGCCUCAGAUCGGAUGGAUCAUAUCACGCAGAUCGCUUAUUAUGAGACGUCACCACUGACGCACGAAAAGCUAAAGAGCAAUAUACAAUCUCUCUUGCUUCAUUGGUUCGAGCACGAAAUUUUCGACACGGAUGACGAAACUGGCAAACCAAUUGUUACCGAAUUAUUGGAAAAGCGAUACCGUGGCAUCGGCUUUGGAGGCACGAGUGGCAACGGCAACGAGAGAACCCCGAGUUCUCCAGUGGCUGUUCGCGAUGCCGCCGCCGAACUGGUGGCGGAUGUUUCUACCGAUGUCUAUCUUCCUACUGGGAUUGGAUCCCCGUCAUCACGGCAACGUCGACAGCGAACAAAGACUCGAAGGGCGUCAAUGUCUCCAGGAAACCGUCGACAAAAUCCCAAAAAACAAAAAGCGCAAUACCCCAAACAGAAACUCGAUGUCUCCUUCGACACGAACGAGGACGAGGACGAAAACGGGUACAAUCUUCUCAGUAACGAUGAAUAUGAAGAACAACAGAACCGAUUAAAAGCAAGGCACAAACGAAAAAAGAGGAUACUUAGUAUCGUGCGACGAAACAUUUACGGUGUAACAACGAUGUAUAAAAGCGAUGAUGAAAAUUGGUCCCAAGAACAAGACGAUGCGCUCAUACAAGGGAUGAAGUGGAACGGAUACGGAAAUUGGAGCACCAUUCUUAGCGAGCAAAAGGAUCUUCUUGGUUCGAAAGGAGAAAUAGAGCUGAGGAGCCGAGCCAACAUUUUGCUAAAACGUCGAUAAGGGCACAUUUCUUAGGUUCUCGAAUUGUGUUGUUUGUUUCUCUAUCCUUUCUGAUUUAAGGGUUGCAGAUUGCACGGUACGAGAAUCCUGUGUUUGAUUGGUUGUGAUCAUCGUUUCAAGGAUGUCAUGGGGUGACAUGAAGUCGCCUGAUGUCGCAAAUAGUUGCAAGGUCUGUAAUCGUUGCUAAACAAUGCGAAGACUCUUGCAAAACACACCCCAUAGAGGAGUCAUACACCACACCAAGCCAACACUCGAGGACUCCUGGCAACAAACACACCAAUCAGUAGAGAUGACAGGUGACUGAAAAUGAAUCUGUUUGCUGAAACAUCUCGCCUUGUGUAAACAUUCAUAAAGUGAAGCGAAAGACUUAGCACACUACUUAACUACAGUACGUGGAUACUGUACGUAAUAUUCUUAUGUCAUGGUUUCGUAUCAUAAGGAAGCGCAAUGCGUAAGAUUACUCGGCUAGGAAGAUUUUCAACGAGAGAGACGGAUGCGAACGUGUACCGAUUGCAACGUCGAGGGCGUGGUCGGCUCCUGUUGCGGUGUCGUCGAAUACACCCUAGGUUUUUCC